GCAACCUAGCAUGCAAUUUGAGGUCUGGCGCCUUGACUGAAUGGUGCUUACGUGUAUUUUAAUUUGCCGUUCAAAUCCUAACCUUACACGGUUCAACGUUUGAGAGCGCUGUUACCAGGCUCCAUAGGUUUUGAUUUCUCGGCGGAGCAGAAAGAAGUGAUCCGGAGUGUCUGUUGCGGGAUCCCACCGCAGUGAGGAGCAUGAGUACAUAAUGAAGCGGCGCUUGGAGGAUCAGGACACAGUGAUCGGCUCUCAGCGGCGGCUCCCCGGGGGUGUGGACAGCUUUCAGCACCGCGUCCUCAACUCUGCCUCCUCCCUCUACGAGACUGCACCAGACAACAUGCAGCCAUCGUCCAGCAUGCAGUACUCCGUCUCACAGACCUAUCAGUUGUCGAUGACCCAGAGUUCUGGUGGACAUGGACAUACCAGCAGUUCAGCUGUGCACAGUGGGCCUCAUCACCAUGGGCCAGCUGUCCAGCCUGUGGGCCAGGGUCACUCUCAUGCUUCCCCUGCUCCUGCCUCUGCCCCUACUCCAACACUGGGUCAGCAGCAGUUUCAAAGACUCAAGGUUGAAGAUGCUCUUUCCUAUUUGGAUCAAGUUAAGCUUCAGUUUGGCAAUCAGCCGCAGGUCUACAAUGACUUCCUGGAUAUCAUGAAGGAGUUCAAGUCUCAAAGCAUUGAUACACCAGGUGUGAUCAGCAGAGUCUCCCAGCUCUUCAAGGGUCAUCCAGAUCUCAUCAUGGGCUUCAACACCUUCCUGCCUCCUGGCUACAAGAUUGAGGUUCAGACCAAUGAUCUGGUUAAUGUGACCACUCCCGGGCAGAUCCACCACAUCACCCCGCAUGGUAUCUCUGUUCAAAACCUGCCCAUAACACAGCCAGCGCAGCACCAGACCCAAACAGCAGCUCCCACCAGCACUGCAGCCUUGGUCAUCCCUAGCCAGCCAACCCCUGCCAAGAUCAGCAAGCCAAUGCAGUCUCCUGCACUUACCCCAACCAGCCAGCCUAAUCCGUCCAUUCCCUCGUACGCCUCCCCCCGCUCGCCCUCGGUCCAGUCCCACACUCCCAUCAGCAGCAGCAGCACUGCCGGUUCAACCCCGCUGCAGAACAACCAGCCUGUGGAGUUCAACCACGCUAUCAACUACGUGAACAAAAUCAAGAACCGCUUUCAGGGCCAGCCAGAGGUCUACAAAUCCUUCUUGGAAAUUCUGCACACAUACCAGAAGGAGCAGCGUAAUGCUAAGGAGGCAGGAGGAAACUACACACCCACUCUCACAGAGCAGCAGGUCUAUGCUCAGGUGGCCCAGCUCUUUAAGAACCAAGAGGACCUUCUUUCAGAAUUCGGCCAGUUCCUGCCAGAUGCUAACAAUUCAGUGUUAUUGAGCAAGACUACAGCUGAGAAGGCUGAAUCUGUGCGUAUUGAUCAUGGGGUGACUGUAAAGAGACCCCAACUGAACAAUAAGCAGAGGUUUAAUCAGAAUGGAUGUCAAAUCCGCAGACACCCAGGGCCGCCCACUACGCCCCCUGUGAAGAAAAAGCAAAAAUUUAUGGGAAAAGACCAUUCUAUGGCAGAAGCCAGCAAACUUGGAAUUGGUGCUGAAUCUCUCUUUUUCGAAAAGGUGCGAAAAGCUCUGCGGAGUUCAGAGGCUUACGACAAUUUCUUACGCUGUUUGGUCAUCUUCAAUCAAGAAGUAAUCUCACGGGCUGAACUUGUGCAGCUGGUCUUGCCAUUUUUGGGGAAAUUCCCUGAGCUUUUUACAUGGUUCAAGAACUUCCUCGGCUAUAGAGAGUGUGCCCAUAUUGAGAGCUUUCCCAAAGAGCGAGCCACUGAAGGCAUUGCAAUGGAAAUUGAUUAUGCGUCCUGCAAAAGAUUGGGCUCCAGUUACAGAGCCCUUCCCAAGAGCUUCCAGCAGCCUCGAUGUACAGGCAGGACUCCACUGUGCAAAGAGGUGUUGAAUGAUACGUGGGUGUCAUUUCCAUCCUGGUCUGAGGACUCAACCUUUGUCAGCUCCAAAAAGACCCAGUAUGAAGAGCAUAUAUAUCGAUGUGAAGAUGAGCGCUUUGAGCUUGAUGUGGUUUUGGAGACAAACCUCGCCACCAUCCGUGUUUUGGAGACUGUUCAAAAGAGGCUCUCGCGCAUGUCUGCUGAGGAACAGGCCAAGUUCCGGCUGGACAACACCAUCGGAGGCUCCUCUGAGGUCAUCCAUCGUAAAGCUAUUCAGAGGAUAUAUGGUGAUAAAGCUCCAGACAUCAUAGAUGGGCUUAAGACGAACCCUGCUGUCUCUGUACCUAUUGUACUCAAAAGGCUGAAAACUAAAGAAGAAGAGUGGCGAGAGGCUCAGCGUGGCUUCAAUAAGAUUUGGAGGGAACAGAAUGAGAAGUAUUACCUGAAGUCUUUAGAUCACCAGGGUAUUAACUUCAAACAGAAUGACACAAAGGUGUUUCGCUCCAAGAUGCUGCUCAAUGAAAUCGAGACUCUUUAUGAUGAGCGGCAAGAGCAGGCUUCAGAAGACAAUGCCGCCCCUCCCUCAGGCCCUCACAUGACCCUCAUGUAUGAGGACAGCCAGAUCCUGGAAGACGCGGCCGCUCUCAUCAUCCACCACGUCAAGAGGCAGUCCGGGAUCCACAAAGACGACAAGUACAAAAUCAAACAGAUCAUAUACCAUUUCAUCCCCGACAUGCUGUUCACCCGACGCUGCGAGCUUUCUGAUGUGGAGGAGGAGGAAGAAGAGGAGACCGAACCAGAUGAAGACGGGACUAAAAAGCACAAUGGGACGACGUCAACAAAGUCCAAGCUCCUCUUCAGCCAUACAGCAGCUACCCAGCAGAAGCUGAGUAACUGUGACGAUCCCUACAACCUCUUCUAUGUCAACAAUAACUGGUACAUCUUUCUACGGCUGCAUCAGAUCCUGUGCUCCCGACUGCUACGGAUCUACGCGCAGGCGGAAAAACAGAUUGAGGAAGAUGCCAAAGAGAGAGAGUGGGAAAGAAGUGUGUUGGGACUGAAAAGAGAGAAGAAUGACAGCCCGGCCAUCCAGCUGCGUUUGAAGGAACCCAUGGACAUCGAUGUUGAAGAGUACUACUCAGCCUUCUUAGAGAUGGUGCGAAACCUUCUGGAUGGCAACAUGGAAACAUCUCAGUACGAGGACCAGCUGAGGGAAAUGUUUACCAUCCAUGCCUACAUUGCCUUCACCAUGGAUAAACUCAUCCAGAGUAUAGUGAGACAGCUGCAGCAUAUAGUAAGCGACGAGAUCUGUGUACAGGUGACUGAUCUUUACCUUAGCGAGUUUGCCAACAAAGCCACCGGUGGAUCCCUGUCCACCCAAGCUUCUAGAGGAAGUGCCGAAUCAGCCUACCAGCGCAAAGCUGAGCAGCUGAUGUCCGACGAGAACUGUUUUAAGUUAUUGUUCCAGAAGUCUAAAGGGACUGUGCAGCUGGCUGUGGAGCUGUUGGACACAGAGGAGGAGAACUCAGAUGGACCUGUGGAUACUGAGCGCUGGCCCGACUAUGUGGAGCGAUAUCUGAACACCAGCUCGGCCUCUCCAGAGCUGCGAGAGCACCUCUCCCAGAAGCCUGUGUUUCUACCCAGGAACCUAAGGCGAAUCAGGAAGUGCCAGAAAGGUCAGGAGAUGCAGGUGAGAGAGACCAAAGAAACGGCCAAGAAAUCCUCUGAGGGCAGCGAGGACUCAAAAAUGGAGUGCAUGUUUAAGCUCAACUCCUACAAGAUGGUGUACGUCUUCAAGUCCGAGGACUACAUGUACCGACGCACUGCACAGCUGAGAGCACAUCAGUCUCACCAGAGAGUAAGCACCCGUCUGCAUCAGCGCUUUCAGCAGUGGCUGGACAGGUGGCGGAAAGAGCAUGUGACCAGCGACAUGGCGACCACCACUUACAAGUGGUUGAUGGGAGAGGGCCAGGAUGGACUACUGCCCUGCAGAACCGUCUGUGAGCCCAAGAUCCUCCACUUCCAGAACAUCAACAAAUACAAAGUCACCUACAGCACUACGUUGUAAAGCUCAAGUUUUCAACAGAAGAGAGGGCUUUUCCCUCCAUUUUAUGUUGUUUUUACGAUGACUGAAGUAGCACUGAAAUUAAAAUCUGACCGCCAUUGAGUUCUUCGAGGAUUGCUAACUUCUUUUUUUUUUAAUUUCUACCUUUUUAAAUUUUUAGAUUGAAGUCUUUCCCCCCCCUGGACUUUAUACUCAGUUGAUUAGUGACCUUCAAUCACGAGAGCAAGAAAACACUUCUUGUAAACGCUGCAGCUCUAGUCAGACUUUUAUCCAAUUUUCAAGACAAUAAGAAUCAGUCCUUUUGAGUGGCUUUUUGUGAAAAGGAUGGUUUACAAAUACAGGUCAAGUUCAUGCCCAUUUGUAUAUCGUUUUUUUAUUUUUCAUCUCUUCGAGGUGAAUAGUAGUUUGUUAGCAAUAUGUCUUUUGUGGUUCACUUCAACCACAUACGUGUUCAGAAAAUGAGAGAGUAUCUCGAAUCGAUUUUUUUUUUUUU